CGUAUGUCAAAAGACUAGAAAGCCCCCUUUUCAUUUUCUACAUAAAGCUCAAAGCGUCUCUCUUUCUCAUAAUUUCAUACUGGGAUCAACAAGAAGAAUGUCAAAAGCUAUGGAGGUUUGGGUUGGAGAAAUGAAAAAGCUGGGUGAGAAGAUAAACCAUAGAAACCCGUUGAUGCAAAGCAAGAAGAGUACAACUUCUAUUAUGUCCAAACAACAAGGAGAAGAAGAAAGAAGAGUUGCUCAAAAUGUGAAAGAGAAGGAUAAAACUAUGUCUGAGCUCACUGUAUGUCUUCUCAUGGACCGUUUUGUUCCAUGGUGAUUCUCCAAUAUAGUAUUUGUUUAGAUCUCCUCUUUGCUGAUGUUUAUAUAUAUAUAUAUAUCUAGAGUUAUAUGUAUAUAUAUGUAUAUAUAUGUAUAUAGAUGUAUAUGCAGACCAUGUUCUUAAAUUUCCAUGUAAAUCUAUGAGAGUAAUGUGUUUUGAGAGCUUUACUUUGUUUUAUUUAGUCAAUAUAUAGUGUUUAAUUACUAUAAUAAAAAAUGAUGACAGCUUUCUUUUGAUAA